UCCCGAGUAUCCUCGAGAUAUUCGAACGUCUUUGUAGCUUCGCGAUCGUUCUGGUCACGGACGACGCCUGCCGCUGCGCCUGUACCGACAGGGCCAGAAAUCUAUGAUGUCGUGUGCGUUGGUGGCGGUCCAGCAGGACUGAGCUUGCUCAGCGCGCUUCGUAAGAUCAGGCACAGCAUGUCUAGUACUGCGAACCUCAGAAUUGCCCUUGUCGAAGGCCAAGAUCUCAACAAGCCGCAGGUGCAAGCCGAGUCGACGACCUUCUCCAACAGAUGCAGCUCUCUGACUCCUGGCUCUGUCAAAUUCUUGAACGAGAUUGGAGCAUGGAAACAUAUCACUGCAUCUCGCGUGCAGCCAUACCAGGCCAUGCAGGUGUGGGACGGCGUGUCUGGAAGCAGCAUCAGUUUCGAUCCCUCGUCGUCCUCAAGCGUCUCAGACACAGUGGCCACAAUGACAGAGAACACGAAUCUCACAUCAGCCCUCCUGUCCCGUCUGAAUUUACUGCCUUCGAUCGACAUCAUGGAUAAAACACGCGUCGAGGGAAUUGAGCUUGGGAAAGAAGCAGAAGAUAUGGACUUGUCAAACUGGCCGGUCGUGUCACUGAACAAUUCGCGUAAACUGGCAGCACGUCUUCUCAUCGGUGCAGACGGAGCAAACAGCCCUGUACGCACAUUUGCCGGCAUCCCCUCGCGCGGCUGGGACUACAAUCGGCAUGGCGUGGUAGCCACUGUGCAAAUUGAAGGAGCCAAUUGGGGUCAGAAUGACCACAGAACUGCAUAUCAGCGCUUCCUUCCUACUGGUCCUGUCGCUCUAUUGCCUUUGCCUGGCAACGUAGCUACCCUGGUGUGGUCGACAACACCAGAGAAGGCUGCUCUCUUGAAGUCUCUCAGCAGCACUGACUUCACUGCAAUGGUGAAUGCUGCUUUCAGACUCUUGCCUGUAGACCUCGAAUACAUGCAUACCAUGGAGUCUGGCCAAGCUGACGAGUUCUCGUGGCGUGAAGCCAACACCGCUUUCAACUCUGAACGCAUUCCACAAAAGAUUUCAGCCGUCCAGGAUGGCAGUGUCGCUUCCUUCCCUCUGCGCAUGCGUCAUGCAGACACUUACACCGGUCAUCGCGUUGCUCUUCUCGGAGAUGCCGCUCACACUAUUCAUCCUCUGGCUGGUCAAGGUCUAAACCAAGGGCUAGGUGAUGCACAGUCACUUGCCAAGCACAUCAAUUUCUCGCUUUCUGUGGGCAAGGACAUUGGCAGUAAUUGGGCACUUGAUGCAUAUAAUGCCGAACAGUGGGCAAAGAACAACGCUAUGCUGGGCGCUGUGGACAAGUUGCACAAGCUUUACAGCGCUGGCAGUGGUCCUGUCGUCUGGGCAAGAAGUCUUGGACUUGACGCUGUCGACAAGAUGGGCUUCCUCAAGAAGUUUUUCAUGCGCCAGGCAGCCGGAACG